GGAGUAAAUAGAGGCGGCACUACGGACUGGGAAUGGCCGUGUCUCUGCGCUCCGACACCGGCUGACACAUGACCAGCGCUCCGCUCCAUCGCUACACGGACCUGAGCUGCGCGUCUCACGGACCUGGCUCGAAUUAUCCGCUACAGAUCGGGUACAUCGGGGGCAUCAUUUGGCCGUUGCGAGCCACAGGUGUGCAGGAGGAGAGGUGCGGUGUCCCGCGUUGCUGAUGAAAGCGGUCACAGAGACGGUGAGGACGGUCGCGGCCGCACAUCUCCACACUGAUCGCGGGCAGGACUGCUGAACUUACGCCGCCUGUCCUGUCUACUUUAGGGACAACGGUGUCUUUGGUGGCCUCCCUCUGUGAACUUGGUACUUCAUACUCUAAAGCCCCUACUGAAGCCUGCUGGGAGGUGUGACGCAGCCUUUGAAGGCCUUGGGUGUGAAGUUUGUCGGCAGGAGGCUGAAAGAGAUGAAGAUAAGUGCUGUGUUUCUAGCAGUGCUGCUGCUCCCCAGCAUCCAAGCAGUGUGUCCACACAAAGAGCCCGGACUGCAGCCAUGGAUGCCAGGACACAGCGAAGACCACCGUGUUACAAUCGGUUAUGGCAGGAAGGUCCUUCUCACAACUUCUGCUACAGUCCAUUCCAUUGAAAUUCUCAAUGGAGGAAAGCUGGUGAUUGCUGACACCAAGUGGCCCUUACUGCUCCGGACGAAACACAUUCUGAUUGGAAACAAAGGGGAGUUGCACAUUGGAAGCCCAGACUGUCCUUAUAAAGGGAACCUCACCAUCUCCUUGUUUGGAAGACUGGAUGACAGCGAUGAGGAGCACAGCUACUUUGGGAGAAAGUACAUCGGCGUGGGGACCGGAGGGACACUGGAGAUUCAUGGACAAAAUAAGCUCUCAUGGACGUUCCUCAACAAGACACUUAACCCAGGACAGAGCAAUCAAAACAACUACCUGUACCAGAGAAGUUGGGGAAACCGUGGCAUCAUUAUCCACAUUAUUGACCCCAAGACUGGAGAAGUGCUGCAUGAUGACAGGUUUGACACAUACCGCAGUAAGAAUGAGAGUCGUCGCCUUGCAAAGUAUGUAGAUGGUGUAGAAGCGGGGCUCAUACUGGCUAUGGUGGUGAAUGAUGAGGGCUCAAACAACUUGGAGGACUCAGCCAAGAAGAGUAUAUCCAGGCUAGGGAGUCACCAUAUCAGCAGCCUGGGAUUUCGUCAUCCUUGGACCUUUAUUGUGACUAAAGGUAAUGUUUCUUCAGCUGUGGAGGAUCAUGAUGUCUAUCAAGGGACCAAGGCCUCCUCAGAGGCUCGGAGCUCGACUGCUUUUCAAUCAAGCUUUGGGGAACAUUUCACUAUCACCACCAGCAGCCAGUGGGUGCAAGAGGCAGAGUGGACAGACUGGUUUGACAGGGAUGAUGAAAGGGGAUCUGGAGACUGGGAGAAACUGUCUGACCUGCAUCAGACCUAUCCAGACCGACUGUGUAGCAGCCCAUUGGACAUCCAGGCUGAAACCCAUGACGGCAUACCAUCCAACCAGACAGGAGAUGUGAUCUACAAGAAUGACAAGGACUAUGGCUUCGUCUGCCUCAACAAGGACCAGACUCAUGGCCUGUGUCACAACUACAGGGUUCGCUUCCUCUGUGGAAAGCUGGUUCGUCCACAGGCCUCUAUUUCCAUUGAUGUGUUGUCGAACAGCAGCAUCCUGGAGCUCUCUGACCACCCAGCAGGCUGGGGGUCUGGAGAUCGGGUGGUUGUUGCCAGUACAGACUACUCAAUGCACCAGGCUGAAGAGUUUACCCUGCUGCCCUGUCCGACUUGCAAAUCCAACGAAGUCAAGGUCAAAGGUAAGGCCAAGUUCGUCCACGUCGGUGAGGAGGUGGAUGGGGUGGACAUGAGGGCGGAGGUGGGCCUUCUGAGUCGUAACAUCCUCCUCCGUGGUGAGAUGGAGCCUGGCUGCUAUGGCAAUGAGGCCUGCAAAUUCUUCAGUUUUGACACUUUCGGGGGACAUUUGAAGGUGGAGCGAGGUUUCAGGGCAGUUCAUAUAUCGGGGGUGGAGCUCCAGCACAUGGGCCAGCAGACAAUGGGACACUAUCCAGUCCAUUUUCACAUGAAUGGAGACGUGGAUGAGAAGGGAGGCUACGACCCCCCAACAUCUGUCAGCGAUCUAUCCAUUCACCACUCUUUCUCCCGUUGUGUGACCAUCCACAGCUCCAAUGGACUACUGGUAAAGGAUGUGGUGGGCUAUGACACACUAGGUCACUGUUUCUUCACGGAGGACGGUCCAGAAGAGAGGAACACGUUUGACCACUGUCUGGGUCUGAUGGUGAGAGCAGGGACAUUGCUGCCUUCAGACAGAGAUAGCAAAAUGUGUCGUGACAUCACUGAUGGAGCUUACCCAGGAUAUGUGGCCAACCCACGUCAAGACUGCAGUGCAACUUCAACUUUCUGGAUCGCCAACCCCAAUAACAACCUCAUCAACUGUGCUGCUGCAGGCUCAGAGGAAACGGGUUUCUGGUUCAUUUUCCACCAUGUGCCCACAGGCCCCUCAGAGGGGCUGUACUCCCCUGGACACACUGAACACACACCUAUGGGCCAGUUCACCAACAACAGAGCCCAUUCCAACUACAGGGCUGGAAUGAUCCUUGAUAAUGGAGUAAAGACCACCCAGGCAAAUGACAGGGAUAAGAGACCCUUCCUAUCUCUGGUUGGAGCCAGGUAUGGACCCCACCAGGAUGCUGAUCCCUUCAAACCUAGAGUCCCUGCUUUAAUCCACCACUUUGUAGCCUAUAAGAACCAGGAUCAUGGAGCCUGGCUGAGAGGAGGGGAUGUCUGGCUGGAUGACUGCCAAUUUGCUGAUAAUGGCAUUGGGCUUACUCUUGCAAGUGGAGGGACAUUUCCAGAUGAUGACGGCUCUCAUCAGCAGGUGAAAAACUCGCUGUUUGUGGGUGAAAGUGAGAAUCAUGGAAUGCUCCUUCCAGACAACAAUGUUUGGGGCCCUGGGGGUUCUGAUCCCAUUGGCAGGACCCUACCACAUGGCAUUGAUUUUCCUAUCCGAGGCAUGCAGAUCUACGAUGGACCAAUCAAUGUGCAGAACUGUACAUUUCGGAAAUACACAGCAAUGGAUGGACGGCACACCAGCGCCUUUGGUUUCCGGCUCAACAACUCAUGGCAGAGCUGCCCAAACAAUAAUGUCACUGACAUCACCUUUGAUCAUGUACCUAUCACUUCUCGGGUGUUUUUUGGUGAGCCGGGACCUUGGUUCAAUAAAAUGCAGAUGGAUGGAGACAAGACAACCAUCUUUCAUGAUAUUGACGGCUCAGUCAGUGAAUAUCCCGGAGCCUUCCUGGUUAAAGAGGACAACUGGCUGCUCCGUCACCCUGACUGCAUUGAUGUGCCUGACUGGAAAGCUGCCAUCUGCAGUGGUCAUUAUGCACAGAUCUACGUCCAGACACGUAAUCCUGCCAACUUGAACAUGCUCAUAGUGAGGGAUGAGUACCCAGAUCGGCCCCUGGCACUAGAGGGCGCUCUGGGGAAGAGGAAACACUACCAGCAGUUCCAGCCAGUCAUUACACUGGCCAAAGGCUACACUAUCCACUGGGACCAGGCAGCACCUGCUGAGGUCACAAUCUGGCUCAUCAACUUCAACAGAAAUGACUGGAUCAAUGUGGGCCUCUGCUACCCACAAGGCACUACCUUCACCAUCAUCUCAGACAUCCACAACCGCCUGACCAAACAGACUCGCAAGACUGGUGUCUUCAUGAGGACGACACAGAGGGACAAGAUCAACCACUCACAUCUGGCCAGAGGAUACUACUACUGGGAGGAAGACACUGGCUUACUCUUCCUGAAGGUAAAGGCUCAUAAUGACAGGGAGCAGUUUUCCUUCUGCUCUGUCAAGGGUUGUGAGAGGGUGAAGAUAACAGCCGUCAUCCCAAAAGGCAGUCUGCCCAGCAACUGCUUGGCCCAAGCCUACCCCAGACAUGCUGAGCUGCCUGUUGUAGAUGUACCCAUGCCCAGAAAGAUGCCUAAUCUGCACUCACCAGAGAACUUUCUAGAGGUCAAACUGGAGUCCUACAAUACGCGUUUCUUCCACAUCAAGGAGGACUUUGCAUUUACAGAGGUGAACGGCAGGAAGUUAUACCAACCAGAAGAUGGGGUGCAGCUGACAGUAAUUGAUGGGCAUGGUGGGAAAGUGAUCGAGAGCAAGAGUUUUAGGAAUUCUAUCCUACAGGGAAUCCCUGCACAGAUAGACAACUAUGUCAGUGGACUGAGAGACUGUUCCAUUGUCCUCAUGACGUCUAAGGGCCGUAUGGUUACUAGAGGAUCCUGGACCAAAGUUCUGGAGAGAUUAGGAGCAGAAAAGAGCAUCAAAUUGAAAGAUAAGCUGGCAUUUGUGGGAUUCAAGGGCUCCUUCAAACCUGACUGGGUCCAUAUGGAGGUGGACACCAACCGAGCUAAGAUCCAUCAGGUCUUGCCUGUCCCUGUGGUCCACAAGAUGAAGCUAUGAGUGGCAAGACGAGCGGGGAGAACAGCCAAGUGACUAUGUAACCCCCAGAUACUGAAACACAUACCCCUAAAAGAAUACAAACAGCACAAACUCACACAUACAUGCACACUGCCAGCAUUGCAGAGUAAGUCACUCUGAGCCAUUGGUCCAACAUCAAGUGUUGUUUAGUCAAGAUUUGGUGGUGAGAAAGAAUGAUGUGAUUUGGUAUGCUGAAAAGGGGAAAACCCUCUCCCAGAGCCAGCAGUGUCCAUGAUGAACUGAUGUCUGUGUAAGACCCUACUCUGCGAUGAAUCCUCAGUUUGUUGGCAACAGUGGCUCAGAACAGUCAACCGUGUUUGCAGAAAUAUGGCUGUCUUCACACCCAUUAUUGAUAGACUGAUAGACUUGAUUAAUAAUGAUUUUGUUUCUGACAGAACACUGUUAUUGCAUCACAGACUGCAUUGUUAUGUUUAUGUAAUAUUAGUUUGUUAGCUAAAGUAACUUUUGGAUUUGGUCAGCUAACCAUUACCGUUGUGCUGUAAAAAUGUAUCUCAUGUGCAAAAGUUAACAUGACAUUAACUGACUUUCAUGUUAACACCAACAUUUCCCUGUUUACUAAAUUAAGUGGCAAUGCAGUUAAUUCUCUGACCCAACCAAAGCUCUCAAUUGACUCUUUUCCAGCUAUACAUUGUAGAGUUUUCACUUAGAAACCAGUAUUUAACCUUUAAUAUUGCGUAUGUAGUCUGUCCUCUAACAGACUUCUGUAUUGGCUACAGCAAAAAUUUUGAUACCUUUUGAUGUCACUUUUAGAUGCUGCUAUCGAGGGUUGAGCUGUCAUUUGAAUGAACGAGUCCAUGACAAUUAUACAAAGAUAAAAUUAACAACAAAAAGAUUUGUUAUUAACGAGAAGAGCAAGAUGUGAUAUUUAUACAAAUGGGGAUAAUGGAUCAGUCUUUUGGUCAGUCUCUCUUUGAAAAAAAUGAUCUUGAGCUCUUCUUGGUAUGCACAAAAAGUGACGGAAUUCUUUAGGGCCAGGGAGACAGAAAAUGUUCAACAAUGUACAACUCUGAAGCUUUCUGGCUCCACUGAUGAUCCUGUUAUAUUUUGCUGUUAAACAGCAAGACAACAAAAAGAAAUAGCAGCACUGGUAAUUUUCUUGUACGUGAUUUUUUUCUCAAGAAUGUCAAUAAUUGUGAAAGAUGAAAAAGGGAAGGUUGACCUACUGAGUAUAAAUGGAACCUGCUCUCUCACUUCCACACCGUUGGCUAAUAACUGUAACUGUUCAAGCAUGACAUUAGGGCAAGAAGUUAUCAGUGCUGUUUCAGACGGCUUUCAAUUAUCCAACAAGUGCUUUGCUUUAAGCAGACUGGUGCCCUUUGAGUUUUAAUGGCAAUAAUUCAGCUGAAUCACCAGUUUAGAACACAUUUAUUAAGAGUAGGUUCUUCUCUCAAUAAUUCUGGUUACAGUAUAUGAGAAGAAUGAUAUGUAAGAGCUGAGGGUAAAGGUGUUCAGCCAGUGACAGUAGGAAUUGUGAUCAGUUGCUGAAAGCUGCUCUUCCGGGACAAGAGCAAUUGUAAAAUUGUAUCUAUUGGGCAUUUUUAAAUUCUCAAUUCAGAGAAGAUUUUUUGAGGGGUCGAUUAAUAAUAAUAGCUAAUAACAGAUGAGGCAACUCCAUCUUUAAAAGGGAAAAUGAGAAAUUGAGCUAAUUGGUGAGGUUAAGCUCAGUAUGGUAAAGCAACAAUGGGUUUCCCAUUAUGUACAAGUUUUUAGCACACUGCAAGCUGGGAGGGCAGGCAAACCAGCUCUGGGUCUGCUCAUCAUAGUCUAACGGCUGAAAAGGUUGUUGCUUCCACUUCCUAAAGGUAUGUAGUUUGUUACAUUAGUGACUGUCUACCAGAUACUUCCAAGAAAGGUUAGAGUCCCUAGAUGCUUAGUGUAAUUGGGACAGUGUUUAUCGUUGACCAUGAAGAACAACCUAUACCCAGUAGGUUAAGAAGUUUGUGCUCGGCAUCCAGACACUCAGGUCCUUCUGACAUCAUUUUAGUAGCAGUAGAUUGACCCUUCAAUGGUAAAAUGUGUCACAGAUUUGAUCUAACCAGCCUCCCACCAAUUGCAAUCACAUGCAAAUAUUUUUUACGAGCAGAAAACAUUGUUAAGAAAUCAUGAUGCCACCCAGAUUAAGUUGAAAAUAAAUCUGCAAAAUAUUUAAUACCAAUCCCUCUCAGUCAGAUAGGUCUUCAACAUACAUGCUUGGCAACUAAUGACAGAUUAGAAACUAUAUUAAUUAAAAGUGGAACAUCAUGGCCAUCAAUCGAUUAGUGAACCAGCAUACCAGACGCAUGCCCAGGGAUCCAAGGGGUCAGGGGGUGCAGAUUACAGAUUUUACACGAUUUUUCACACUUCUUACUGCACUGGCACUGAACACUGGAAAGACAGAUACAUUUCUAUUAGGAGGAUUUCUACAAAAGUGUAUCAUGCAAGUGUAUAAUUCAUAGGAGAUUUGGUUGGUCAGCUUGCUGUCUCACAAUAAACUAUCUUGGAAAAAAAUCAAACCCUACUCUAAUGGACUUUUCCAUUUUAGAAGUCUUUUCUUCUAGCCUGGUUGUUGAAUAUUUAUGCAUUACAAACUACAGGCCUAUUCUCCUUGAUGUCAACCAUGAUUGAUAGGCGGUUAGGAUUCCAAGGCAAUGGCUAAUUCAACAGAGAGCAAAAAAUCAGAAGGUGUGAGCCGAAACAUAUCUGUAACAUAUAUGCAUCUCUGAGCGUCCUUGCCAUGCAGAUGUCUGUGAAAUGUGAUGUGAGGUGUAGAAGCUGAGCGGUUUUACUCUCCUCAUUUGUUGGACUAAAGUGUUUAAAGACAGAAAAUAGUAGAACAAGCAGAAGAAGAAAAAACAACAACAGAAACAUUCCUUGUUUUGUGUCCGGACCAGUGGUUAACUUGUUCUGUUUCAUUCCGAGCACUUGAUAACUUGAUAUUGUGAUGUUUUCCUUCCAUGUUUUUUUUUUUUCUUUUUAAAUCUGUGUUUGUGAUCCAAACUGUCCAUGUUUUGGAAUGAACCAGCAAGAUGCCUAUGACUAUAUAAAAUAUGAACUCAAAUUCUCCACUAAAUGUUUAACCAUGGAGUUUUUAAAUGUGCAAUUCCCCCAUUUUAAAAUAAUGAUGAAAGCUGUGUUGCGAUCAGUGAAAAAAGGAACCCCCACCUCCUACUCCACCCCUCCCUUGCCGAAAUAGCUGGUCUUUUUUCGGAGGUUGUAGCAGUAAUUUAGUGUUUUGUAUGUUUAAUGUGUUUUUAAAAAUCCACAAAGAUAUAUUUUAUACUUAUUUAUUGUACAGACACAGUUGAUCCAAUUCUACAAGGGACAUGCUUUAAGUUGUCAUGUUAUAACUGCCCUUUAUGUGUACUGUAUGUAAUACACAGAACCCAUUAUAGCUCCAUUUUAAAAGAUUUGUAUCAAACUGCAUACAUGCAUAUGACUCUUGGUAUAGUUGGUCUACUAUAACUGUACUUCAAAUGAAUGUGUUGUAUAUGUGGCUUGGGCUUGUAAAGUGGUGAAACUCCAUGACAUUAAAAUUCUUCAAAUGAUUUUUGUACAGAAAUAAAGAACAGUGAACAGUU